GGCAUGAACACCCAUUAGACCACGCCAACAACGUGAGAGACGCAGCAUUUGCCCAACACGCCCAUUCUUAUUCCCUGUCCUUCGCAACAGCGCUGAAUACCACAACUUCACAACCACCGGUAACCUGCCGUCAAAACAUGGCUGCCAUGUUUAGUCAGCAACGCGUAGCGCGAUUAUCUUGCUACCAUUCUACAAGCUCCCGUGCUGCUACGGCGGGAAGCGCUCGGUUGGUCGCUUGCAAUGCGCUUAACCGAACAGACUCGCUUGCAGCAGAUCGAGCCAAGUUCUUAGCCAUUGGAGCGGCCGCUUUACUGUUAGGCACUCCCCUAGACGCUAUAGCGGCAAAAGGAAAGCUACCGCCGAUUGAUACCAGCAACCCGAGCCGCUGCGAUGUCUCCGCCCUGGAUAAAUUCGCGGAUACGCGGGCGGCAUUCUCCUUGGAGUCCAGCGGUGGUAACAUGGUGGAGGCAAUCGUUGAUGUGCGCGAAUGCGACUUCUCAGGCAAAGACCUGUCCGGCAAGGUCAUGAGCGGCGUCAUCCUGGAGAGGGCGGACUUCACGGGGGCCAAGUUCGUAGGCAGCCAGUUCGCCCGCGCCAACGCCCGCUCCGCCAAGCUGGCUGGUGCGGACUUCACGGACACCAACCUCUACUCCACGCAGUUCGAUGGAGCCGACCUGCAGGGAGCCAACUUCGAGAACUCGGUUCUCACAAUGAGCACCUUUGGGCGCAACGAGGAAGGCGUGUGGGCCAACCUGAAGGGUGCGCACUUCGAGGGGGCGCUGGUGUCCUCCUCCGACGUGGGGCGCAUCUGCGAGAACCCCACGCUGGACCCCAGCACCCGCAAGUACGAGCUGGGCUGCAGGGCCUCCCGCUGAUGAUGAUGAUGCGGCUGCUGCUGGCUGGCUGGGAGGGGUGGGGUGAGGUGCGGGGCAGCGCCGUGGGGGAAGUGGCUUGUGCGUGGCGGUUGCAUGGAUGCAGGGUGCAGGGGAGGGGGGUUCGUUGCAAGGUGGGUCGAGCGCGGAUACCGGUACGGUGGAGAGCUUUGUGGAGAGGAGGGUGGCGAGAUAGGGUAUGGGGGCGUUGGUGCAGUUGGUGCGGCGAUGGCACUUCAAAUGGUAAAGCGC